AUGUCAGAGACAGAUAAAAUACCCGUAAUCGAUUUCAAGACAUAUGGUAUAGAUGUGGAAAAUGAUGAAUCUGUAUCUGACGAACAUCUAAGGCAAUUGGGAAAUGAAAUGUGCCAGGCUCUGGAGGAAAUAGGGUUCUGUUACCUAAGGAAUCAUGGAAUUCCCGAUGAACAGUUAAGGUUAGCACUAGAGAGCUCCAAACAAUUCUUUAACCAAUCUGUUGAUGACAAAAUGAAAUGUAUCAAACCAGAUGAUAGUUACUUUGGCUGGAUAGGAUUGGAAAAAGAAAGAUUGAACCCGAACAGACCAGCUGGUGAUUACAAAGAGGCAUAUGGUUUGAUUCCUGACUGUGUGAAAGUACAUUCUGACCUGUUCUUGAGUUGUGUAAAGUUGGCUUUACGUGUAUUUGACGUUAUAUCUGUUGGUUUGAAGUUAGAGGACAAACAUUUCCUGAGAAAGUAUCAUAGUUUUAUAGGGAACAAAGGAAACAUAUCUAAUAUCAGAAGUAUAUUUUAUCCUGCAGUGGCCUCUACAAAAGAAAUCAUAGAAGGCCAAGUUAGAUGUGGUGAACAUUCCGAUUAUGGUACCCUUACAUUGCUUUUCCAAGACAAUAUUGGAGGGUUAGAGGUAAAAUCACGUGAUGGAGAAUAUAUUCAAGCUCCUCCUAUUCCAGGAACUAUUGUUGUAAACAUUGGGGAUUUAAUGCAAAGAUGGACAGCAGACAAACUUAUUGCAAAUAAGCACAGAGUUCUUAUUCCGACUGAAGAGAUAAAGAAAAGGGUUGACCGACAGUCCUUAGCUUUCUUUGUAAAUCCUGAUGAAGAUGCCACCAUUUAUUGUCUUGACAACUCAAAUAAAUACGAACCAAUUACGAGUAGGGAUUAUUUGAAUAUGAGAUUCUAUGAAAAAUUUUGAAGGCUUACAAAAUCAAAGUUGAUACGGUUAUUUGUAUUAACUAUAAUACUAUUAGUUUACUAGUGUUGAAAAGUAAAAAUUAAAAAAAAAAUAUAGGCAUAUGUAACAUCUAUGGGUGCAGGUAUUGUCUUGAUCUUUUGAGUCAUUGUUACAUUAAAUUUUCAUUUUACAAAUUAUGUGAUACAUCAAUCAAGGUUGCAACAUUGUACAUGCGCAGAUUUGGCUGGUA